CUUCCCCUGUUCGCGGCGGUUAAUGUUCAGAUUAUAAACCGCUUUCUUCACUUCUUUUUUUUUGUUUGUUUUUUUUUUUAAGAAACCUACGUGAUUUAAGCUGUUCACAUUCCGCCCUCACUUUCUCUUUAAUCAUAAUGACACGAAAAGAACAUGACUCAUCCCGUGUUGCCUAGCAACGAGGCUGCCUAGCAACAGCGCCUCGUACACAGAACCGGUCCCGCAUCGAGCGGCCGCUCAUCCGCGCGGUGCUGCUCUCUCCAUUCAUUGGCUCCUGCUCUGUUCCUCUUCCGUGACUUCGGGCUUCAGGCCUACCGCUCCUCUACACGUGUCACUUUGUCCCGGGGAGUGACGGAAUGGCGGGGAAAAAGAAGGAAGUGAAGUUGCAGGUGGCUGUGACCAACCAGGAGCAGUGGGACCACAUGCUGGCGACCAAAGGACUGACGGUGGUGGACGUCCAUCAACAGUGGUGCGGACCCUGCCAGGCAGUCCUCAGCCUCUUCCGCAAGAUCAAGAACGAGCUGGGAGACGACCUGCUGCAUUUCGCCAUGGCAGAGGCUGACAGUGUUGACACCUUGAAGGGAUACAGAGGGAACUGCGAACCCACAUUUCUCUUCUACGCUGGUGGAGAGCUGGUCGGGGUGUUGCGGGGGGCCAACGGACCCCUCCUGCAGAAGAUGGUGGUGGAGGAACUGGCCCAAGAGAGGAAGGUGCUGGAGCAGGGAGGGGAACGAAGGGUGGUGACCGAUGAGGCGCUCACGGACAAAGCGGACACGGAGACCACGCAGGUUAAGCGAUCUGAGGAGGAAGUGCCGGUUCCGGCUGGGAAACCGUACACUGUGGCUCUUAUUAAACCGGAUGCGGUGGCUCAUGGCAAAGCCCCUGAGAUCCUUAUGACGGUGCAGGACGCCGGAUUUGAGAUCCUGGCCCAGGAGGAGCGCGCACUGAGCAGGGCUGAAGCCGAGCAUCUCUACGAGCACAGGGCUGCCGAGCCCUACUUCGAGGAGCUCGUGCAGCACAUGUCCAGCGGGCCCUGCCUCGCUCUCCUUGUGUCUCGGCCUGAGGAGCUGGGCGACGUCGUCCUGGCGCUGCGCGAGUUCAUUGGGCCGCCUUCCACGGAGGAGGCCAGGAGGCUCUUUCCCAACAGGUGCGGAACACCGUCUCACGCUCGCCCCUCUCCCCCUCCACGGCUGGGCAGCGUGCGUGCGCAGUUUGGCAGCGACGCCCCCUAUAGUGCCGUCCACAGCAGUGCCAACCGAGCGCGGGCCAGCAGGGAGCUCGAGCUCUUCUUCCCUACAUCCACGCUCUCCCUCGCCGAGUACGGGCCGAAGGAGGACGCCGUGGAGCGGACCCUGGCGCUCAUCCUCGCACCGGUGCCCCGAGAGAGCAGAGACGAGAUCCUCCAGCACAUCCAUGAUGCUGGCUUCAGCGUAGCCGUGGAGAGGGAGGCGGUGCUCACGGAGGAAGAGGUGCGGUUGCUUUACCGGGAGGAGCUGGAGGAGGACUACUUUCCCACACUCCUGGGAAACACGCUGAGCGGGCCCCUGUUGGCGCUCGUCCUCGUCGGACCGGCUGCAGUACAGCGGUGGAAGACCAUGCUGGGCCCGAAGGAUGUGGAGCAGGCUCAGAGGGACGCCCCUGACAGCCUAGGAGCCCGCUUUGCGGUGUCUGGCGAAGCCCUCAGCCAGCUUUACGGGAGCCGCAGUGCCGAGGACGCCGAACGCGAGAUCCAGCUGCUCUUCCCGGCCGAGCAGACGCUGGCUUUCAUCAAACCGGACGCCAUGCAGGAGCACAGAGGGAAGAUCCUGGAGGAGAUCCAGCGCAGCGGCUUUAACGUCGUCCAGGCGAAGGAGAUGGUGCUGAGCGCCAGCAUGGCCGGACUGCUGUACCGCGGCCUCGAGGAGCAGCCCUUCUUCAACAUGCUCGUCAAGUUCAUGUGCAGCGGACCCAGCAUGGUGCUGGUGCUGAGUCGAUACAACGCUGUCGAGGAGUGGAGGGUCAUGAUGGGUCCCACAAACCCGAGCCAGGCCAUGGACACGGCUCCAGGCUCCCUGCGAGCGCGGUUCUCCAAGGACAUCCUGCAGAACGCGGUGCACGGCUCUUCCAACGCCCAGAGAGCCGCAGAGGAGAUCCGCGCUCUGUUUCGGAAGGAGCCGCAUGACGAGGGGGGGAGGGGGAGCGAGCAAGAGCUGAGUCAAGCCGCCUCUGAGGGGGACGGGACGACGGCAUCACAGGAGGCCCUCGCUGACACUGUGGGGCUGGACAGCGGGCAGCCUGUGCAGGGCCUCAAGAGAAGCCCGCAAGCUGACGCAGUGAUGGGAGAGCCUGCAGCUCAAGGAGGCGGCGCAGCCCCCUGACCUGCACACCUGGACUCGCCAAAGCCGGAGCUGCGCCUGAAGGACAGGAAGAGGAAACACACAGGACGCUCCGUUAUGGCGCUCCACAAAAUGCGACGUUUCCUCAGUUUACAGCAACCAGCUGCACACGGUGACUUUGAUAAAACAGUGACAAGGACACACGAGUUAAGGCUUUAAUGACGUGUUGGUUGCUAUUGUUUGUAUUGUUCUUGGAGAGGUGACGAGCGAAUAAAUGUUCAUGCACAUCCACCACGU